CGCCAUCUUUUAUUUUAUUUACGGGUUUCGUAUCCCGGUCUUCGAUGCCUCACUGUCUUUCAUCGCUCUCCCUCUCCCCUUCACAAAGCAAACGAGUCUCAGAUCAUGACUUCUUUUCACACAAACAGAUGGAUCGAUAAAGAUGAGGCAGAUCUAGGGCUUUUCAUUUCUCUUCCUUCUCACAGAGCAAAUCGAUUCUCCAUUCUCCAUUUGCAGAUCCUGUUUUCUUCCCUAUAUAGAUUUUACCUUUGGCUCUGCCGUUUCAUCUUUCCUGCUCACCGAUUCAUUCCAUAUCAUCAUGAAAAUAGAUUUCAUCGCAAAAUGUAAAUACGUAGUUCUUCCUUUUGAUUAGGUGUGUGCUUUCAUCAUAAAAUAGAAGGUGUUUGCUCUAACUCCCUCCAAAUUGUUCCUUUGCUGAAGAGGGGGAUGCGAAAUUGCUGGAGCAGGGGGGCGAAAUUGUUGUAGCAGGUGCUCUUCCUAUUUUCUUUGAUUUUUUUAUAUUAUUAAUUAUUUUGAAAGGAGAUGCUCAAUAUACAAUUUAUACAUUUAACACAUAGCUUAAGAUUGUGAGGUUAUGAGGGAAUUAUAAGAGCUUAAGAUUGUGAGAUUAUAAGAGCAGGUUCUGUUUUAUUGCCAUGUUUAAUCUAUUUGUUUCACAUUUAACACAUAGCUUAAGAUUGUGAGAUCAUAAGAGCAGGUUCUGUUUUAUUGCCAUGUUUAAUCUAUUGGUUUCCUUCUACUGAUGUGUGGUUGUUGAUUAUGACUCAAGUACUACUUAGGGCAGGUUAUGUUUUACUAUCAUCCUUAGCCUCUUUGUUGAUUAUGACUCAAGUACUUUUUAGGGAAGGUUAUGUUUCUAAAACAUUGGUGUUGACAGAAAGAUCCAUUUGUAAUCAUUUUAUUGAAAUAUUCAAUUUGUCAUUCACUCAUUGCAGGAAAAACAGUUUCUAUUGUGCAUCUUUUGUCGCUUUUAAGUUAAACACCAAUUUGCAAAUCGCUUAGUUACAGGUAAACUACUUCGCCUUUAUGUCGUUUCUCAGGAACACAUAUGUUAAGUGCUACUGCAACCUUAGCUCACAAGCACAAAGCACAAAGGUAAAUUACAAUUAAAUAAGUUUCUUAAACUAAUAUAACGUUUUUAUUUAUUAAAUUGUGAUCUCUAAUCCAUGUCAAUCUAAAACCAUGGAAGAUGGAACUCGGUAUGUUAAACUUUUUCUCAAAGGUGAAUAGAUCACCAUUAUUUUAGAGGGGUUGUAUUGAAACAUGUUUCAUUGGGUUUGAUUUGAUACAUAUUGAUAUUGAUUCUCAAACCUACUAAAGUAGCUAGACCUAAACAAGUUUGCUUUGUUCUUUUGACUAUGCUAACUUUUAGUCUAUACCACAGUUUAAUUGAAUCCACUCAUUCUUAAAUCUUCCACACAAUGUUAAAACCUGACCAAGAAAUACUGUUGAAUCAAAUUCCGCUUUUAUUUAAUAAGAAGUCUUUCUUUUUAGGUCAUCUACAAUACCAAAAUAACAGCAACAUCUCAGCAAAAAACUCUAGCUCAAGUCAAUUCAUAUUUCUAAGACGAUCAUAGGGUUACAGAAAAUAGGAAUGUAACUCCAGUAGUUUUCUUUAAAAGGGGUAUCUCAUCAUGAAACAUGUGGUUUCUCUUUGCUAUUAUUUUUAUCAAGCCUUUUAGUCUAAGUGUCUAACUAAUUUGUUUCGCUCAACAAUUCUUUUUGUAAAUGAUGUUACAGUUAGAUUGGAGUGAGCGUUUAGUAGAGCUCAAAUUAAAAGUAAGAGAAAAGGGACAAAUAAGCCCACGUACUAACAAAAAAAUGUCAAAUAAGCCCUUAUAUAAGAGGUUUUGUCCGACCGUUGCCAUUUGGGGCGGUUCCCGAUGGAAUUUUUUUAUGAAUUUUUUUUAACAUCUUAUUUAUUAAGUUUAGUUUACUCAUACUAAAUUUCAGCUAAAAUUUCAAUCGGGAAGGUAUUCAAAUGAAUUCUUGAAGAUAACUGUGCAGUUAAAAGCGCACUUAUCUUCAAAAAAUUAUUUGAAUGCCUUCUCGAUUGACGCGCAGUAAAAACUAAUUGAAGUACUAAGCAAAGCAUAUUUCUAUGGGCGGCCGGGGCUGGUGAGAUCAAACAUUUCCACACUACAUAUUUCCUUCAUGUUAAAGGCAUAAGAAAUAUUAUACGAGCUGGAACAGAAAAAAGGUUUAGACAAAGAAUGAAAAAAUGGGGAUUUGCAAUAAUAACAAAAUUAGCAUAUGUGAAAUGAAAGAAGAAAACGACCCUAAGUUGCAAUAAAGAAUAAAAGUUUAAAUAAAAAACAUUCAAGGGGUGAUGAAUUUCAAGGAGACACCAGUGGC